GACGGGCUCCGGGUGAGCCGCGUGCUGCUGGCGUUGGCGGGAGAGGCCGGGAGUCUGCGGCGCAGCGUCCUGCGAGCAAGGCCGGGCGACCGCAAGGGGCUUUCAGCCUCUCCGGAGCGGGUUCUGAGCCAAGUGAGCCCUGAAGAUGGCAGCAGAAGCCAACCAUGUCCAUACAGUAUUUGAGUUGGCAGAGGCAAGUGAUGGCAAACACAGUCCUCAUCCUUGGAUCUCCUUGGAACCUAUAGAAAAAAGCACCAAUUUCACAGGAAGUGUGGUGAAGAAAGUGAAAAAGAAUUGCAGCUGCUCCCCAGCUAGAGUCAAAGACCUGAUCUUCGGCUUUCUCCCAGUGCUGAAGUGGCUGCCCAAGUAUCACCUGAAAGAGAACAUCUUGGGAGACCUGAUCUCUGGUCUGAUUGUGGGAAUCUUGUUGGUUCCUCAGUGCAUUGCUUAUUCCCUGUUGGCUGGCCAAGAACCUAUCUAUGGACUAUAUACAUCAUUUUUUGCAAGCAUCAUUUACUUCCUGUUUGGAACUUCCCGUCACAUUUCUGUUGGCAUUUUUGGUGUGCUGUGCCUGAUGGUGGGAGAGGUGGUGAACCGUGAAGUGCAGCUAGCAGGGUAUAAUUCAGAAUCAAGUACGUCUAGCAAUUAUCAUUCAGACAUACAUGUUUACUUAAAUAGCAACAGCACUCUGAAUGUGAACCAAACAUCACAAAUGUUAUGUGAUAGGAGUUGCUAUGCAAUUACUGUCGGAACCACUGUGACUUUCAUUGCUGGAGUUUAUCAGAUUGCCAUGGGCUUCUUCCAGGUGGGCUUUGUGUCCGUGUAUCUCUCCGAUUCCCUGCUCAGUGGAUUUGUUACAGGGGCUUCCUUCACCAUCCUCACCUCGCAAGCCAAAUAUCUCUUGGGCUUAAACAUUCCUCGGAGCAAUGGUGUCGGCUCCCUUGUAACCACUUGGAUAAACAUAUUCAGAAAUAUCCACAAGACCAAUGUCUGUGACCUCAUCACCAGCUGCUUGUGCUUACUUCUUCUUAUUCCAACCAAAGAGCUGAAUGACCGGUUCAAAUCCAAACUUAAGGCUCCCUUGCCAACUGAGCUGUUUGUGGUGGUGGCAGCUACACUUGUGUCUCAUUUCGGGAACCUGAAUGAAAAGUAUGGUUCCAGUAUUUCUGGACACAUCCCGACUGGCUUUCUUCCACCACAGCCUCCAGCUUGGAAUCUGAUUCCCAGUGUGGCUGUGGAUGCGGUGGCCAUAGCCAUUAUUGGCUUUGCUAUCACGGUGUCUCUUUCUGAGAUGUUUGCCAAGAAGCAUGGCUACACAGUUAAUCCUAACCAGGAAAUGUAUGCCAUUGGUUUCUGUAACAUCAUUCCUUCUUUUUUCCACUGUUUCACAACCAGUGCAGCCCUUGCCAAGACACUUGUCAAAGAAUCAACGGGCUGUAAGACUCAGGUCUCUGGAGUGGUGACUGCCUUGGUCAUCUUGUUAGUUCUCCUGGUAAUUGCUCCCCUGUUCUAUUCCCUCCAGAAAUGUGUAUUGGGAGUCAUAACCAUUGUCAAUCUCAGAGGAGCUUUGCGGAAAUUUAGUGACUUACCCAAAAUGUGGCGAUUAAGCAAAGUGGACACAGUAAUCUGGUUUGUCACCAUGCUGUCUUCAGCACUGAUAAGUACUGAACUUGGGCUUCUGAUUGGGGUCUGCUUUUCCAUGCUGUGUGUCAUUUUGCGGACUCAGAGACCAGAGGGACGAUUACUGGGUUGGGUACCAGAUUCUGAAAUCUAUGAACCCCUUCCUGCUUAUAAAGACCUUCAGAUUAAGCCAGGCAUCAAAGUUUUCCGCUAUGAGGCACCCAUCUACUAUGCUAAUAAAGAGAACUUCAAGUCCACGCUGUACAAGCAGACUGGAAUCAAUCCUCUGUGGGAACUGGCCGCAAAGAGAAAGGCAGAAAAGCAGAGGCUUAGCAAGAAAAUGGCCAGUGCUGAUGGAAACCUGGCAGAGACCUCCGUGCAGCUUGUGAGGCAGCCACUGGAGUUCCACACCAUAGUGAUCGACUGCUGUGUGGUACAGUUCGUGGACACAGCAGGGAUCCACACACUCAAAGAGGUUCGGAAGGAUUAUGGCGAACUUGGCAUCCAGGUGCUGCUGGCUCACUGCAGUCCCUCUGUGAGGGAUUCUUUACAGCGAGGGGAAUAUACUAAAAAGGGGGAGGAAACAACCCUCUUCCACAGUGUCCACCAAGCUGUGGAAUACGCACUGUGUGCUUAUAGCCAAAAUGGGUGCUGUGCAUCUGAAGUCUAGUGCGGGUAAAACAUUCUGAACAUUAACCAUUUUCAGAUAAUGGCAUACUGGUGUGUGUAGUGCUGGGCAUUUGCUCACACAGGUGUAAAGCGCUACUCCUAUUAUCCCUAUGCUGAUCAUAAGCAGAUACGUCCAAUGCUUUUGGUUUUGCUCUGCUGGUUAGGGCAUUAAGAAAGCAGUAAUGACUAGUAAGAGGCAUUAUGAUUUUCUCUGCAACUUGUUCAUGAUGAGUCUCUACUUUUUGACUGCUGGCCAUGUUGGUCAGGACUAAUGGGAGUUGGAGUCAGGUUAGGGAAGGCCGACAUAGAAGAACAAGUAACUCUUAAAGCUAGAUGUGCCUUUCCCAUGUCUUCAUAUUCCAUUUUUUCUCCUCAAACGGAUGCUCACUUGGGCUUUUGAAGAUAGCGCCAUCAAUCUAGAUGGCGUUUUUCCUUGGCACAGUCAAUAUGGCUUAGAUCCUAAGAUCCAAAGAAGGUUUAUGGAGAAAAAUGCUAUGUUCCUCACACCCAAAAGUUCUCUCUGGGGCCACGGGGUUCUCUGGAGCAUGAAGGGCUGCUGAGGGCGGAUGUCUUGCUGAUCUGGGAGUCAUUUUUCGCCACCCCAGUGCCCCACAGCUCCCUGCUCAGGAGGGCUCCCAGAUGGGAGAGCCCUUUCAGGGAGGGGCUUGCAGGUGGCAGGGAGGCCAAUAGGCAGGUGGAUACUGCUUCUGUGAACUUCUUUUCUAUUCACUCACUUUAUGGUCCAAGCGCACCUUUUUUAAAUGGUUGGUGGUUUCUCCCCCACGAUUCAGGGCAGAGUAGUUUGCCUCAGGAAUUUUCCUUCCCUUGAAUUGUCCAAUAAAUUAUUGACCAUAGACAUGUAGUUUUGUUCUAAUCUGUUGGCAAUAUAAAGCAGAUAACUUUUGGCCCUUCUAAAACCAAUCAUGCAUGCUUUCACUAGGAUUUCAAACAGUGGAAAAGGAAGGUGGAUUAGCUGUUCUGUAACUGAGAGUUUGAGUUGUGUAAUUUGAAUAAAUGAAGCAAACUUGAAGCUUAAUCAAUUUAGACAUUUCUUUGGAAACCAAAUACUGAUCCUUAUUUUAAGUGAACUCAUGGAUUAGAGGUUGCAAAUAGCUCCUCUGCCAGUCAGGUCUCCUUCUCUUUGAGCCAGCAGGUAUUGCCUAAGCAAUUUACUAUAGACUUUUAUUACACUAGAGGAUAUCCAAAAGGAUUUGUAGAAAUAGGAUACCUUAGUUCUCUAGUUCCCACAGGUUAGGCAUGUAAAAUGUAAGCUACUGAGAAUGGCUUAGAAAAAACCCUAGUAAAUCGUUGAAGCCAAAAAUUCCCUUCCAUCCUCUGUUGGUGGGACUGGGUCUACUGAAAUACUGGAUUAAAAAUUGGUAUAUUCAUUUGCAAGGAAGUUUCUUUUUAUACAAAAUGUUAAUUUUCUACCUGAAUUUUAUUUUAAGAUAUCCAGGGACAGAGUAUAAGGAUACUACGAGGAAAGGAAGCUGUAGGAAACCCUUAUGUAUUAAAACCUAAGUAUUAGCAUAAGAUGAAGAGCUGUAACAGCUUUAUUAUCUUAUGUGUUCAUUAUGAAUACACUAUUCCUGCAUAGCCUCUUUUGUAAGCACUGCAAACAGCCAUUCAUACCAGCAAUGGUAAAAUGUCUGUUGGGUUAUGCUGCCUAUAGCCAAACAGGAUCAUUUCUUGCAUUACGGGAUUCUGUAUAAAAUAGGAUUACAAACCUUUAAAAACAGCUUGUGUGUGCACUUGUGUGUGCAUAACGGAGCCAGAUUCCACAGAACAAAUGCAUGCAAGAUCAAUACAAGAAGAAUCAAUAAACAAUUUCAGUUGUAAACUGAGUUCAUGAAAGGUAUUUUUUCUGCUUUCUUAGUGUUCUGAAUAACUUUAGAACGGGGUAAAUGACCCGGUGCCCUCUAGAUGCUUUGGCCUACUACUCCCAUCAGCCCUCCCCAGCAUGGCCAGUGGUCAGAGGUCAUGGCUGGUGGCCCAGCACAAUUGAAGACACCAGCAUAAAAAUAUAAGACCUGCUAGAUCAGGUGUAUGGCCUUUCUAGAGCACCAUCUUAUUUCAAGCCUUGGCCAGAAAGAUGCUGUUGGAAGACCAUGAAGAGCCCUCGCUCACUGUUCUGAGGCCUCCCCAGCAACAGGCAUUUAGUGGCAUGCAGACUGCCAUUGAGCCUGGAAGUUUCUUAUGGCCCUCAUGGCUAAUAGCCAUUGAUACGCCUUGCCAGCAAUCUAGGCCAGUGACCAUCAGUACCUCUGGUGUGGCCAGAAAUUCUUUAAGUCAGUUGUGUAUUGUGUGAAAAAGUGCUCUUAUCUGCUCUGAGUCUACUGUCAAUUUCCAUGGAUUACCUCAAAUUAUAUAUGGAUUAAAGCAGUGGGAGUGCAGGGAGAAUCUAAGUUUGCAUACAAUCCUGCAGUUUCCAGAUAAAGUCCCAGGAGUCCUGUUUACCAGGAAGGCCUGAGGCAGUAGCUCUGUUUCAAAGAAUGCAAAUUGAGCACAGUAAACAAUAUGCUGAACCUUUUAUUUUGGAAGACAGUAAGCAUGCUAGCUGUUUAUAAAAACACAAUUCAGAACUGAAAGUGGGUACUUCCACACCGAGGAAGUACUCCUAGCACUACCAGUCACAAAACUCUGCAACGAUUCAGUUGCAGAACUGAAAAUGGGUACUUCCUUCUUAGUGGAUAAUUUUGUAGGGAAAAAUGGAUGAAAUGGUAGGGAAAUGUAAUGGAGCUACAUGUAAUGUAGCUUGGAUUCUCUGUAAAAUUCCAUGAAUGAAACAGGACAAUAUCAGAAUAAAUGCAGCACCUGGAAGCACCUUUACAAUCCACUAAAAACAUUGCAUUCAAACUAGUGUAAUUCUUCUGAAAUGAAAAAGGCCACAUUCAGUGUGUUGUGUUGACAGUUGCUUCCUCUGAUCCUGUUUCCCUUUCCUCAUAUGAUUGUAUGACAACUGUUACACCAGCACUGUGUUAUGGGGCAUUUCCCUUCAACGCUCUGUAAGAGAAAGACGCUAGUUUGUGUGCUUUCCCAUGGCCAGUGCACUUGUUAAAUUCUUACGGAAGCUGUGCGUUUAAUGUAGGCGUGUCCCCUUUCUCCACAGAAGGCUUGUGCAUACAAUGACUGCCCUGUAGAUGGAAGCGCCACAGGCAAAGUUUUAAUAGAGGUACCGUUUCCCAAGGGGCUUAGAGAUGUUUGUUAGCUAGCCCUUUUUGGAAGCAAAUGAUCAGAUCUCCCCACUGUUCUGGAAAUUGCUUGCAGGAGGACUCCAUCAACUCCCACAACAUAGAAUGGGAAGUGGCCAGAAGGUGAUAGUGCUGUUGUCCACCAGAAGGGUGCUCUGCAGGCUGGCAUACUACACUUAGAAGAGGACAAAUCAGGUGGAAGAGUUGAGGGCAAGCGAUUAGCCGAAAACCCCCACAUUUGGUUGAAUUAUUUUUCAUUGCAGUAACUCGCAUGUUACAGUAAAGUGGGUCGUAGCUUUCAAUUCUAAAUCUCUGAUGAGAAGAGUAUCAUAUGUUUGAAGUAACAACUAGAAAAGUUUAACACCUUGGUGGGCUUUUCAUGUCUUUUUCCAGUCUGCAGCAUUGCUGGAUUUUUUGCUGGUGCAGAGGUAACAUUUUCAGUCUCAGGGCGGAGUGGAAAUGAUUCCAGGUUCAAAAAUUGGCUCCCGCUUCUGGGCCAAGUUAAAGUGGCCUUGGUGACAUAAACUGGAGCUGUCAGGAGUUGUGCUGAUGCGAUGGUCCGUUUGCAUGAGGGCUGUGGCUAAGAGCAUCAGUCUGCUCGGCAAUAAGCAGCUUUUCAUCACAUAGAAGGACCUGUUAAUUUUUUGAUGGAAAAAAAUUUCUACCAUAGUUUUGGCCUUUCAACACCCAGAAGUAGUACCCUGGCCUUUCCUAGCCAGAGAAGUUUUAAAUUUUGGGGACUCAGCUGUGUAAGAACAUCAGGGCAUUCUGAAAAUAUCCACAAGGCUUCAGUCUUAGACUUAGUAUGUUUCUUAAUUUAUCCUUUAACCUUUUAUUACUUCUGUUUAUAGCAGUUUCUGUUAGUCCUAGCGCAGGGAUCGGCAACCCGUGGCUCUGGAGCCACACGUGGCUCUUGAACCCCUCUGCUGCGGCUCCGUCGCGCAAAACACGUGCCAGCACAGCUGUUGUUCUACUGGAGCUCCACUCAGGAACAGAAUGCAGCUCUAGCUAAGUAAAUCAGCUAGUUAAGUAAAUCACUACAUUCCUC